AAAGAUAAGAUUGAUACCGAAGCGAAUGAGGUACUCAAGACCCAAAUCGAUGCGUCGAUGGGUAUAGCAAGAUCCAUUGUCAGUUCUUGGCUUCCUCCACCCAAGCCAGGAGAAAAGCUGGAAGACGACGAGGACGACGAAGAAACAUAUAAACGAUAUUCCACCGGUCGCCCAGACAGAUUGGGACUUGGAGCAAAGUAUUUGUCACAUGCUGAAGCAAUGAACAAUGCGACAGGUGGCGCCAUGUCCAAGCAAGAGCUGGAGUUGAAGAACAAGAUUUUGAAUCAGAAUCGACGAGCA